CGGUUCGUCAAGGCAAGAAGAAUAGGGUGGAUAUGUUGAAAGAAUGGCCGAUGAACGAAUGCAAAAAGGAAUGCUAUAUAAGAAACUGGAAGCUGUAAGAAAAAGAGGGAGGUUGAGGGUUUGAUGGAUACAGGAUGUGGAGAGAGACUUGAGAGCGAUGGGAGUGAGAGGUUGGAGGCGAAAGGCAGCAGACGAAGACGCUUGGAGGCAAAUUGUGGAGGAGGUCAAAGCCCACAUCGGGCUGUAGCGCCAGGAUAAGUAAGUAAGAGUUGGCAGAGGUCUAAAGCAGGGAUGCUCGCUAUCCCCGAUUAUCUUCAAUUGUUGCUUGGAGUAUGCAUUUCAACAACUAAAAUGGGAUCAUAGAGGUAUAUGUAUAAAUGUUUUUCAACUGUCAAAUCUACGGUUUGCUAAUGAUGAUUUGUUUGUAUCACAUUCUUCUGAUGAUUUGAAAAUCAUGCUCGAUGAGCUUAUAGAAGUUGAUAAAAACAUACAUAGGUCUCAGUCUAAAUGCAACAGGACAAGGCUGAUGACACAUUCAAGUGAAGAUAAAACUGAAGUAACUUGUGGAAGGAUAGGCUAAGUCGAGGAGUACAUUUACCUAGGUCAGCUGCUUUCAUUUGAAAACCGUGGAGCGAAAGAGAUGAGCCUAAAAAGGAUUGGCAGAAGUGUUGCAAAGAAGAUGCAAAGGUAAAAUUGAAGUAGCUUGUGUAGAGAUAGACCAUGUCGAGGAGUUCAUUUACCUAGGUCAGCUGCUUUUAUUUGAAAACCGUGGAGCGAAAGAGAUCAGCCACGGAAUAAAAUAAGAUUGGCAGAAGUGUUGCAUAUAUCAACUGACAAAAAUAUGUGUGGAGUAUGACCUUCGAAUUUCAGCUACAAAGACAAAAGUGAUGGCUUUCAAAGGAAAAUGGCCAGUCCGAACUAAAAUUGUGGUUGGAGAUUUAAUCUUGGAGCAAGUUUCAGCCUUCACUUAUUUGGGUUGUACUCUCACCUACGAAAAAGAUGAAGAUAUUUUCAAUAAGUUAAAAAAAAUCCAAUAUAUUUGUGGAACAAUUCAUAGAACAUUGAAAAAUAAAGUAAAGAGAGUCACAAAGCUGAAAUUCUACAAGACCAUGGCUAUCCCAGUGUUGAUGUAUGAAAGCGAAUCAUGGGUAGUAGGUAGAAAAGAAAUCAGUAGAAUCCAAGCGGCUGAGAUGCGCUUUCUAAGGAGUGUAAAGGGAUGCACAAGAUUGGAUCUACUCCGAAAUGAGGACAUUCGAGAGGAGCUUAAGGUUGAGCCACUGAAUGAAGAAAUUAAAAAAUAUCGAAAUAGAUGGAAAGCGCACAUCGACAGAAUGCCAACAGGAAGAAUCCCUGUGAAAGCACUCAACUAUAGACCAGCAGGUAAGAGAGACGUUGGAAGACCAAGGAAAAGGUGGUCUUAGAACUAGACAUGAUUUUAAAGUUAAAUUUUAAUUAUAUUUUUGAUAAAUUUUUAUUUCCAAGGCCAUUCUAAAGACCGAAACAGGCAAUCAUGCCUAUACCGUGGAAGUCAGAAGAAGAAGAAGAAGAAGAAGAAGAAGUGUUGCAAACAAGAAGCAAAGGUAAAAUUGAAGUAGCUUGUGUAGAGAUAGACCAUGUCGAGGAGUACAUUUACCUAGGUUAGCUGCUUUUAUUUGAAAACUGUGGAGCGAAAGAGAUGAGCCACAGAAUAAAAAAGGGUUGGCAGAAGUAUUGGACUCUUGGAAAGAUUUUCAGGGGAAACUUCCCCAACGAAUUGAAAGCAAAAGCGUUGAAGAAAUGUGUGUACCCAUCAAUUUUGUAUGGAGCUCAAACCUCGUCACUCACACCUCCACUAGACAGGAGACAACGCAAACAAGGAUGACAAGGAGAUUAAAUUAAUCAUGAAAGGUUGAAAGAUGGAUGAUGACCAUUCUUGGUCUGCGCCCGCACCUGGGAUUCAGGAACACCGAACUUUUGAGACAGGUCAAGGUGAAGUACCU